UAUAUAAGCCCGACGUAUAGACGCAGGCGCUGGUAUUACAUCAUCAAUGGCGCCCAUCUGGCUGUUAGUUGUAGUUCCAUACCUACUGGGUGUGGUAGCUGGUAAAGGAACGAAGCAACCGAAGGAAGAUAUUCACUUUCCCCUCGCACUAGACUGGGCCAUGAACUGGGGAGAAUGGGGUCCCCAAGCAUUCUGUCCUCAAGGAACAUAUGCCUACGCCUUCGAACUCAAGGUGGAGAGUGAAGGUGCCAUUGACGACACCUCCAUGAAUGGUAUUAUGUUGUACUGUCGAGCCCCACAGGACGUCGGCCAUGAUGGUGUUAAGCCCAAGGUGGGCACUCUCGAGUUCACCGUUACCUCCACCGUCCAGGAGUGGGGAGAUUGGCAGGGUAAGAGAGAGUGUCCUGAGGGUUUCCUUACGGGAGUGAUGAUGAAGAGCGAGGCAGAGCAGGGCAUCCUGGACGACACGGCCGCCAACGACCUGGAGAUGCAGUGUAACUGGUCAGACUUUACCAUCAACGGUGGCGGCAACCACUGGGGAACCUGGAGCAGCUAUGCCACCUGUCCUCAGGGAUGGGUCAUAUGUGGUAUAGAAACGAAGGUGGAGGCAGCGUCCGCUAUGGACGACACAGCCCUCAACAACGUCAUCUUCUAUUGCUGUGAUGCUGCUGACUCUCUUAACGCUUAGACUCCAGACACCUCCCACAUCAGCCCUGCUUUCAUUCAGCCACUAAUUAUAUAUAUAUAUAUAUAUAUAUAUAUAUAUAUAUAUAUAUAUAUAUAUAUAUAUAUAUAUAUAUAUAUAUAUAUAUAUAUAUAUUAAAGAUAAAAUUUAUUAUCUAGGUGAUAAACCAAAUGUCAAUGAACGAAUGUUCAACGUAAAUGACGUGAAAUAAAACACUAACCCCCUAUAUUACCUUCAUUGA